UAAAGUUUUAGUUAAUAGAAGAAAGAACAGCCCUGACUGAUACUCAAAACAAGGAUAAUAAUUGCGAAACAAAAUAAUAAACAAAAAGUAGAGAACACAAAUUGAAGUAAAUUUUAUGAAAAUAAAGUGUUUGAGAUUAUAUAGAUUUUGGAAUAUUUAUUAGUGCUAAGCUAUUGCCACAAGCUAUUUUUAUACUUAAUGCGUCAUUGUUAGUCACUGUCGCAGUUGCACGCAAUAAUAUAUAAGGAAAAUAUAUUACGUACUUAUGUGCUCCAGGAUUUAUUCAUUUUUAGAUAGUGAAAUCACCGAUCUUGACAUACACACACGCAUCAUGAUUGAAGAAUUGACGGAAGAGGUUCAGCAGUUGUUUCCAAAUGAAACAAAGGUUUUACCUUCCCUUUUGACCGUGCUGUAUUCAGCUGCCAAACUAAAUCAUGCUAAACAGUUGGUGGCAACAAUGAAUGAAAUACAAAAUCACGAAUUAAGGGAAUAUCUAUUGAAUCUGAAAUUUGAUGAAAUUGAUGGGCAAUCAAUUACACCUCUAACCAUGGCAGCUAUGGCGGGUAAUACAAUGUAUGUAAAAACCUUGCUUUCUCACUACAGUGUUGACUUGGAACGGGAGUGUAAUGUAAUAUUUGACGGUUUGGUUGUUUACGGAGCAACUGCUCUAUGGGUGGCUGCUGGAUUAGGUCAUUUACAAGUUGUCAAACUAUUAGUUAACAAUGGUGCAAAUGUUAACCACAAUACAAAAGCGCAGUCUUCUCCGUUACGCGCUGCAUGCUACGCUGGACGCUUGGAUAUUGUUAAAUAUUUGAUUGAACAUGGGGCAGAUGUUAAUUUGGGCAAUAAAUACAACAACACUUGUAUAAUGAUUGCAGCUUACAAGGGGCAUGCUCAUGUGGUAGACACCCUGCUGAAAAAUGGCGCUAAUCCGAAUGAGCAAGCUCUUUGCGGAGCAACUGCUUUACAUUACGCUGCUGAAUGCGGACAUUUGGAGGUAUGUCGUAUACUGCUGGAUCAUGGAGCGCGUUUACAAGAAAACGAACACGGAUUAAGUCCUGUUCUAAACGCUGCCGAACGUACGCACGAGGAUGUAGUACAUUUAUUUAUUGAAAGGCCCGGCCUUAUGAAGAAAGGAGACGUGAUAACUGCUCUUGAAUUAAUGGGUGCAUCGUUUGCAAAUGAUAAAGACAACUAUAGCAUUCAGAAGGCAUACACUCAUUUAAUGCGUGCAAUGGAAAUGCGAUAUUCGGACUCGGAGAAGGUAAUACGGAAAAGAGUUAUUCCGCCUGAGUUAGCCUAUGAUAAAUGGCUUGAAACGGAAAAUAUUCCGGAGCUACAAGCAAUACGGUUAAAUCAUCAUUCAAUACACAUGGAAUCGUUGACCAUAAGGGAGCGUAUACUGGGCAAACACAAUCCGGAUUUACCUCAGCCGAUUGUGUAUAGAGGCGCAGUAAUGGCAGAUCAAGGUCGAUUUUCGCAAUGCCAAACACUUUGGAACUAUGCCAUGGACUUAAGAAUGAUGAAUAAUAUAUCAGUAGAGCGUGACUUACUGCGUUUUGCCCAACUCUUUUCUCAAAUAUUACGCAUUGAAGACGUACAAUUAGAUUUAUCCCAUGUUUUAUCUGUAUUAGUCAAGUGUCAACAAGAGAUAGAAAGAAAUAAAUACAAAAUUGCAAAUCCCGGUCCCAAGGAUGUACCACAAAUGAUUGCUGAUCAAAAUGAACAAAAUGUAGCGUCUGCCUUGUAUCUUAUAAAAAUCAUAACAAAAAUGUUGGCCCAACAGCCACAAUUGAACAAAGAACAUCUAGAUCUGUUGUACAAUACAAUAAAAAAAUUUAUAAAAUGUGAUACUCGUCUUGCAGAUGGACAAUCUCUGCUUCAUAUGGCCGUAAAUGGAGUGACACCUGUUGAUGAUUUCUUUACCAGCGAUGUUUGCAAGUUUCCAUGUUUUCGAACUGCUCUUCUGUUAGUACAUGCUGGAGCUUCUGUUAUUGCAACGGAUGAGUUGCGUAACACUCCACUCCAUACUCUGGUUGCGAGUUAUCCUCGUGACAAUCCCCAUUUGUUGCAACAGGCAGAAAAAAUCGUUAAACUAUUAGUGGAUGCCGGAGCUCAUUUGGAUGCUAUAAACGCUCAGGGCUUAACACCUGCUCAAGUUGGUAAUGUUGCUGGCUUACGAAACAUUAUAUUGGGGUAUGAAAAUUUAUUAACAUCACUAAAAUGCAUUGCCUCCCGUUGUAUUGCCGUUAAUAAAAUAAAAUAUCGGGGUCUAGUCCCCACAGUUCUGGAGUCUUAUAUUCAAAUUCAUAGUGCAGAAAAAUAUUUUUCUUAAGGAUAAUUAAUUAUGUAUAUUAAGUAAAAAGCGACUGCGUGUGUACAUUAGGGUUAUUACAUUUAAAUCUUUUAAAAUCGUUGUUAAUGCUACUCGAAAAAUGGUUUCGAAAUAUCGUAAAACCAUAAUAUUUCUUGUGUACACUUCUUAUUAAUUGUAUUAAUAGUUGUUUAAAAAAAUAUACAUAUUAUACAUUAUUUAUUUUUAUACCCUAA